AUGUGGCAAGUCGGUGUGGCUUCAGCGGCCUCUUUGGCCGCUCUUCUCCUAGCCCUAGCAUCCAUUGGUGCCAUCGUCAAUGACAUCAACGAUAUGGAUGCCGAGAUCCGAGAGGGCCUCGCCCACUUUGACGUCGAGGUCAACAGCGCCUGGUCUCGCGUCUACAGCGCCCACGUCUACCCCGCUGGCAACCCGGUAUCUCAUCAUCACAAACAAUACAACCCGGUUCAGAUGCCGCACCCAACUUCGAAUCUUUGUUCGGCCGCAAGAAGAGGAGCAACGAGCAGUGCAACUGUGGCAUGCAAUCUCGUGGAUGCCCCGCCGGUCCCC